AUGGAUACUCUAGCGAAGCUACAGGACUGGGAAGAGUUAGAUGCUCAGCUUGAGGAUAUUGUCAGUGCUUACUAUCGUACCUGCCACAUUCUCGAGCGUAUGAUUACAGAUUCCUCCUCAGUGGAUGCUGCGCCUCUCGAACGUAGAAUGGGGGACCGCUACACGCGAUUCAUACGCCCUCUCUCUCAUUCUUUCGCAUCUAUCGCUCGAAGCAGGAACAACCUUCGCACACCGCUCCACCGGAUGCCCACAGAAAUUCUGGGUAGAAUAUUCGAGUUUGUAGUCGAUACGGACACCCGAUAUAUGCCAAUGAAUGUGGCUAUACAAACGAUGUACCUCUCCCUUCAUAGGCUUAUGGGCGUUUGCUCAGUCUGGAGAAAUGUGGCACAGAACCAUUUCCCAUUGUGGACACUCAUUCCAGUAGUUCACUUUAACACUCGUUCGCUUAGUGUGACCGAAACAUGGUUCAGCCGUAGCCUUGAACGAUCCGGAGCAAUUAGCCUGCGCCUCGCUGUGAGCGUUGGAUCUUUAGACAUCAACAACCUACCCAUCAAGGAGAAGCUUGUGUCCCAGGCCCACCGUUUCCGUUCUAUCAAUAUAUGUGCUUCAUCUCUUUCGACAAUCGAGUCCAUUCUUAAGCCUAUACUAACGGCCCCAGCUCCAAAGUUCCUCCGCGAAAUAUCCCUUUGUUACGAGCCGCCUCAAGGACAUAGCGCUCAGGCCCCAUACUAUCUUUUCAGCUCAGUCACAUACCCCGUGCUAUCCGCCUUUGAAGUGGCUUUGGGCUUCGUUGGCAUCCUGCGGUUGAAGAGCGUGCUCCCUCCUCCAUACAGCCGAUGCUAUAGCAAUCUCGUUGAGCUACGUCUUCAAGACAUACGUUUUGGGAUCAACACUUGCUUUGAGCAGUUUUUGGGUACACUAUCUUCAGCAACUCAACUUCAAUCCCUCGAUCUGAUUUCCGUCUUAACUUCCAUCACGCAUCACCACGCAGAUGACAAACGCAUCAUGGUUCGUCUCCCGCUCCUAAAGCACCUGUACCUUGAAAACCUAGACCUCAACAUUCUCGAGUCGGUGUUUCUCACCAUCGAACCCGGACAAUACUAUACAUCCUUAAUGAUGACCCAGAGAUGCCUCUUAAGCGUUAGCUUAAUCGGGGUCAUCCAGGAUGACCUUAAUCGAUUCAGACAAGUAUUCAAAUCGAGCAAAAUUUAUACGCUUCUUUUAAAAGAACAUUCCCCCGUCUUCGGUCCCAGACGUUUGCACUUCAUUCUCAGUUGUAUGCCCACAGUUGACACACUCUCUCUUGACGGACAAACCCUUAGUCAUCAAUGCCUCCUUGCUUUGACCCGGCCACCCAAUUCCUCGGUUCCCUUUCCCAAACUCCAAACUAUAUAUAUAUCGAGAUCGAUUAUUGAUGCCAUACAAGACCAAGCCGCGUUCAGGAACAUGCUGUCAAGCCAUCCCCUCCAAACACUUUACCUUGGCGGGAGUUUUAACAUGGCUACAGCAGCCAACAACGCGGAAUUUUUAACUGAUCCAGGUCGUUGUCGUGUGGAUAUUGCUGGGCCCGAUACAUGGGCCAUUCUUACCAGAGACUGGAUCAAAGCAAACAUCCCCAAUUUCACUGUAUGGCCUCAUGAUGUGUACGGUCAACUCAGAUCGACCGAGUGGGAGCUCUGGUAG